CCUAUCGCCAGCCCACACAGAAGAAUAUCCUCUUUUGAAUUUCGCACCGCCGUUCCCAAUCCUCCCAUCGACAACCACCGCAACCAUGAGCGCCCUCAACAAGAUCGCGGCCACGAGCCCCUCGCGCCAGAGCCCCUCCGAGCUGGAGACCAGCAUCGCGACUGCUCUCUUCGACCUCGAGUCGAACACCGCCGACCUCAAGGUCGCGCUCCGCCCUCUUCAAUUCGUGUCCGCACGCGAGAUUGAGGUUGGCCACGGCAAGAAGGCUAUUGUCAUCUUUGUCCCCGUCCCAUCCCUUCAGGGUUUCCACCGUGUGCAGCAGCGCCUCACCCGUGAGCUCGAGAAGAAGUUCUCCGACCGCCACGUCCUGAUCCUCGCCUCCCGCCGCAUCCUACCCCGCCCCAAGCGCUCCAACCGCUCGCGCACUUCCCAGACCCAGAAGCGCCCACGUUCGCGCACACUCACCGCUGUGCACGACGCCAUCCUCGGCGACCUCGUCUUCCCAGUCGAGAUUGUCGGCAAGCGCCUGCGCACCAAGGAGGAUGGAUCCAAGGUCCUCAAGGUCAUCCUCGACGAGAAGGAGCGUGGUGGUGUUGACUACAGACUCGAUACCUACUCCGAGGUCUACCGUCGUUUGACUGGCCGUGGUGUCAACUUCGAGUUCCCCCAGGGUGUUGCCGCUACUGAGUUUUAAAUCGUAGCUUAGCAAAAGGGGUUGCGGAGGGAUGGGAUGUAAUGAUCAUGGCUGGCGUUGUAGCGAAUCCGCAGCGUUGUCGGCUUGCAGGAAUAAAAGCUUGCUGAUCAAUGUUACUUCUGUCUCCUUCUAUGAAUUUGUGCACUGAACUGUGAACACUCCAAAUUUUAUGCUGCACUCCAAAAAAUCCCAAUGUAUGGUCUAUAAAAUUAGCCACUACAUCCACCCCGAAAUGUGAAAUACAUAUCACG